GACUUUUAUUUUGACUUCCGGCGUCCCGGAAGUGUCCGAUAUUAUUGUCAUGGCUGAUCAGAGCAGUGAUUCUGGUGACUCCAGUAACGAUGCAGACAUCUCGUCAGUCAUGGGCUUCUCUGGAUUCGGAAAGAAAGCUCGAACCUUUGACCUGGAGGCCAUGUUUGAGCAGACGAGGCGGACGGCGAUCGAGAGAAGUCAGCGAGCUUUAGAAGAGCGGCAGAAACAGGAGGUUCAGGAGAGCAGCGGCUUCCGGCCCGUCGGCGUCAAAGAGAAACCGUCCGCAUCCACGUCCAGGAAACAGGAAGCUGAGAGUGACAGUGACUCUGAUGUCAUUGGCCCACCGCUGCCUCCUCAGGAGGAAGAAGAGGAUGAUGAUGACGAUGAUGAUGUUGUCGGACCUCCACUUCCACCCGGAUACAAGCGCAGCAGCGCUGACAGCGACGAUGAUGAUGAUGAUGAUGAAGAUGAUGAUGAUGAAGAUGAUAAUCCAGUGAAGAAGAUCCCGGAUACUCAUGAGAUCACGCUUCAGCACGGCACUAAAUCCGUCUCCGCUCUGGCCUUGGAUCCGUCGGGAGCUCGUCUGAUCACCGGCAGCUUCGACUACGACGUGAAGUUCUGGGAUUUCGCCGGGAUGGACUCGUCUCUGCACGCCUUCCGAUCGCUGCAGCCGUGCGAGUGUCAUCAGAUCAGAUCGCUGCAGUACAGUGUCACUGGUGAUGCCAUUCUGGUUGUGGCGGGAAACUCUCAGGCCAAAGUCCUGGACCGCGACGGGUUCCAGGUUCUGGAGUGCAUCAAAGGCGAUCAGUAUAUCGUGGACAUGGCCAACACCAAGGGUCACACAGCGAUGCUGAACGACGGCUGCUGGCAUCCCAAGAUUAAAGAGGAGUUUCUGACCUGCUCCAACGACGGGACUGUGCGGACGUGGGAUCUGAGCUCCGAGAAGAAGCACAAGUCCGUGUUCAAGCCUCGAUCUCUGCAGGGCAAGAAAGUGACGCCCACGUGCUGCACGUACAGCCGAGACGGCAAGCUCAUCGCCGCCGGCUGCCAGGACGGCACCAUACAGAUCUGGGACAGGAACUUAAGCGUCCACACCAAGUUCCACUGCCGCCUGGCUCACGCUCCCGGAUCGGACACGUCUUGCCUCUCGUUCUCCUACGACGGAGUAACUCUCGCGUCUCGAGGAGGAGACGACACGCUGAAGACGUGGGACAUUCGGAGCUUCAGGAAGCCUCUCGGACAAGUUACUGGAUUGACCUCCUUCUUUCCCAUGACGGACUGCUGCUUCAGCCCGGACGAUAAGCUUCUCCUGACGGGAACAUCGGUCAGGAAAGACGAGGGAAACGGGAAGCUGGUGUUCUUCGAGCGACAGUCUCUUCAGAAGGUCUAUGAGAUUGAAGUGGCCGAUACGAGUGUCGUCCGUUGUCUUUGGCAUCCCAAGCUGAACCAGAUCAUGGUUGGAACGGGGAACGGUCUGGCGAAGGUUUACUACGACCCAGUCAAGAGUCAGAGAGGUGCCAUGUUGUGUGUGGUGAAGAGCAAGACGAAGGAGAAACACGCCGAGACGCUGACACAAGAUUACAUCAUCACCCCUCACGCUCUGCCGAUGUUUCGUGAGGCUCGUCAGCGCAGCACCAGAAAGCAGCUGGAAAAGGACCGACUGGAUCCUCUGAAAUCCCACAAACCCGAGCCGCCCGUCUCCGGUCCAGGUCGGGGGGGUCGUGUGGCGGCUCACGGUGGAACGCUGUCCUCCUUCAUCGUGAAGAACAUCGCCCUGGACAAAACCGAUGACAGCAACCCUCGAGAGGCCAUCCUGCGUCACGCCAAAGAAGCCUCCGAGAACCCGUACUGGGUCGCCCCGGCGUAUAAACAGACACAACCAGAGCCGAUGUUUGCCGAGGAAGAGGAGGAGGAAGAGGAGGGAGACAAAGAUCAGCCAGAAUGGAAGAAACGCAAGAUCUGACGAGAUUCCCGAAGAUUCUCCCCCAGA